AUGGACAACGCGACAGCCUCCCCGGAGCCCGAGUCCGCGUCGCGUCGCCGCUCUGGACGCGUCGUGCGGGCGCCCGAGAAGUUCAGUCCCGAGCCCGCCCUCACCACCAAGCGCAAGAGGACCGCCGAUCACGAUGAUGAGAACUCCGAAGACGAUGAUGGGAAUUCCGAAGAGGAUGCCUCCGGGGAUGACCGCGACAUGAGCGACGCGACCGACGACCAACCCACACCCCGACCCAAAGACAAACAGAAACAGCAACAACGCAAGCCGGCGCCCAAACCCGCCAAACCCUCGGCCGUCGACGGACGCGCCACCAAGAAGCCCAAGACCAACGGCCUGCCCUCGGCCGCGCUCACCAAAGCCUCGAGCCUGCCGACGCGACCCAAGAAGACCGUCUCCAUUGCCGACUUUGGCAAGCCCGGCCAGGAUGACCUCUACGCCGAUGUGUUCACGCCCGGCCGCUCGUCAGAUGACGCCGCCGAUGACUGGUUCAAGAGAUACCGCGAGGACGACGCCGGCGCCCUCAGAGACCUCGUCAACUUUGUGUUGCAGGUCUGCGGCUGCGAGCACAAGAUCACCGAUGACGACAUUCGCGACCCCGAUAACUCAGACAACCGCCUGGGCGAAUUGCAAGAACUGUAUCAAGAGGAACGCAUCACCGAAUACCCCCUCAUCUCUCGUGCCAAGGGAGUCCGCUCCUUCCGAGAGCUGUUUGGAGAAUUCUUUGAAGCGCUGGUCACGACGCUGCACGAGACAGAAGUCCUGUAUAAGGAGCCCGUGCUCAUGGAGAACAUAUCGCGCUGGAUAGCCUCCAUGUCCUCCUCACCACUCCGUCCGUUCCGACACACGGCGACGACUGCCAUCUUGUCCAUCGUGUCUGGCCUUGUAGACACGGCCGUUCUCCUCGACAAGAGAAUCUCCACCAUCGAGCACCAAAUCUCUGCGAGCCAGAGGCAGAAGAACAAGACCAAGGCGGCCGAAAUGCAACAGAGCCUCGAGCAAGCCAAUACAUACCGCGCAAUCUGCAACGACCAGAUGAAGGAUUUCUUCGAGACCACCUUUGUCCACAGGUACCGAGACGUCGACCCCCGCAUCAGGACCGAAUGCGCCGAGGCUCUCGGCAUCUGGGUGCAAGAUCUGCCGUCCGUGUUUAUGGAACCAGGCCACCUGCGCUACCUCGGGUGGAUGUUGUCGGAUGUCGUCGCAUCGACGCGUCAAGAGGUGCUGAAGCAGCUCGGCCGCAUCUUCAAGACGGGCGUCGAACAGCUCGGUCACUUCGUCGACAGGUUCCGCCCACGCCUCAUUGAGAUCGCGACCAAGGACGCAGAGGUCUCAGUGCGCGUUGCCGCCAUUGGCGUUGCCGACACGCUGCGGAAGGACGGCAUGCUCGAGCCCGACGAGGUUGACGCCGUCGGCAGACUCAUUUUCGACAGUGAGCUGCGCGUCAGGAAGGCCGCUGCCACCUUCUUCGACAACCUGGUGUCGGCGAGCCUGGACGACCAGCGGAAUGCGCUUGGUGGCAAAGACGCCGUAGAAGAAGCUCUGGGGGGUAGCGACGAGCUCGGCUAUGAGUCGCCGCAGGAAGAGUGGCUUCACAUCAAGUUGCUCGCCGAAAACAUUGUCGCAUUCGAUGCGCAGGUCGAGAACGAGCUGGGCAGUCCUGACUUCCACGACGCCAGCGUGGCUGCCGAUAUCAUGCGCGCUGUAGCACCCGCCACGAGAAUAUCCGUCGCCGCGCACGUCCUCUACGAGAGGAUACAGGUGGUGCGAGACUGGAAGCUGUUGGCGGGCUACCUGCUGUAUGACCACACCGUCAGUUCCAAGUCCAAAUCAAAGGCGAAGAAUUCGCAGACGGCCAUCAAGAACCUCAUCCGCCCCGAUGAUUCGGAGGAGGCCGCGCUGCUCGAGGUCAUGGCCGCUGCCGUGACCCUCGCACUGAGCCAGCCCGUCGACGCGAAGCGAUCCGGACGCCAUGAGAACUCGGACGCGCAGGAAGAGACUGCCCUGGAGCUGGCUGCCAUGAUUCCCCGCCUCCUCAACAAGUUCGGCGCCGAUCCCUCCACCGCCAAGAUCGUGCUGCGAAUGGAGCAUGCCCUGAAGCUCGACGUGUUCCAACAGCUGCGUCAGGAUUCCUCCCGAUACGAGCACCUUCUUGAUGAGAUCAGCAUCCAGUUCAACAGGCACGGCGACAAGGACGUCCUCGCCGAGGCGACAGCUGCCUUGUCUCACGCCCGCCAGCACGACGAGUUGGAGGAGUUGACCGACAGCAAGUUGGCCCUCUUGUGGGAGAAUGCGAUCAAUUCGCUCCGGAACUUUGACAAGACUUGCGAGAUUGACGACCGCGGCGACCUCACGGCGGAGCAUCUGACAGAUCUCUCGACCGUGGUGAACAAGAUCAGCAACCUGGCCAGUGUCGCAGACUGCGUCGACGUCAUGGAGGCGGCAGGACGAGCGGCCGACUCGGAAGGCUCACCGAUUGAGAUUCUUGCCACCAUGGUGAAUCGCGGAACAUUCGUUGCCAUUGACGACGACAUUGAUGAGCUGGAAGACGAGCUCGUGUCAUGGGCGAUCAAGGCCUGCCAGUUUUAUUUCAUGUGGAAGCUGCACCGCAUCGAGAAGCUGGUCCGGACAGGAUCCGACAUGUCGCCCGAAGAGGUCGACCAGCUACAGAAGGUUCGCGGCAUCUUCCAAGACAACCUGAUCAACACGCUCUCCUCGCGGGUCAUCAUCGACGACAUUCGACUCUACGCCACCGGCAGCCUGUGCGACAUGUACACCCUCUUUGCCUCCCUGCGCGACUGGACCGAAGCCGCCGGCAAGCCCACCAAGUACAAGACGCUGGUCAGUUCCGUCGGCGAGGUUGUCCCCGCCCUCGUGCCCGAGCUCAUUUCCAUCUUUGACGGCAUCGAGCGCAGCUACGCCCGGCGAACCAAGAGGGUCCUCAACGAGCCCGCCGACGACGAGGACCCCAUCGACGACGACGAGUCGGACGACGAGGACGAAGAUGAGGGCCUCACAAAGGAACAGCGCUUCGUGAACGAGCUCAAGGCCGAGCGCUCGCUCUGCGAGCUCGCGGCCAAGUUCGUCAUGGCCAUCGCGCGCCAGGUCAUCGACAAGUCGGGCCCCAACGCCGGACGGCUGCGCAGGCGCCUGCUGCGGAACCAGUCCAAGCUGGGCAAGAACUACGCCGAGGUCGUGGCGUACCUGGACGUAGCCAAGGUCGACGCGCUGCUGUACGGAAGAAAAUCCAAGGCCUCCAAGACGGCAGCGGCGGCGGCGAAGAAGGCCGCCCCGGCGAGCAAGAAGCCGACGGCGGCGCUCAGCGAAGAGAUUGUCGUCGAUGACGAGGAGCCCGAGGACCCGUUCGAAGAGGAGCCCGAGCCCGAGGAAGGGUCAAGAGAAGACCUCCGCCGGCGGGAGCUGUUACCGGCGGAGGACGACGAGCCCGAGGACGAGGAAGGAGAGGACGACAGGUCCGCAAACGCGGAGAGCGAGGUGGACAGCGUGCUGGGCGACUGA